AUGGCGGCCGCGUUAAGUCGUCUCCUGUCCAACGUGGGUGGUCCAAGCGCCAAAGUGAGGCGCUUAUACACCAACACCGUGCAGUCGGUGUCUCUCUAUGGGGCACCGAUUUGGGCUGGGGCGGCAUUGGCCAGCCGACAAAUCAAACAGCUACUCUACCAGCAGCAACGGCGGCUGGCCAUUAGAAUCGCCCGGGCCUACUGCACGGUGUCGUACGUGGCGGCCACGGCCCUGGCGGGCCUGCCUUCAGCGGAGUUAUUUGCAAACUCGUACGCCGAAGUAUAUUGGCGUACGAGGGACCCAAACCGCGCUGUGGAGUGCCAGCCUAACACCAGGGGCCAUGAACAAAUUAAGGCGGCAAGCCCGCCGCAGAAUGAUGGAGGCCUGGCAAGCCUCCAUCGCGGACUCUUCGGCUGGGCGAUGGACCAUCCACGCCAUCCAGCCCUGUCUACCCGAGUGGGUGGACAGGAGGGGACGAGGAAUGUCGUUCCAUUUGACGCAGGUGCUCACCGGACACGGGUGUUUCGGAGAGUACCUGUGUCAAAUUGGAAAAGAGCCCACGACUGGGUGCCACCACUGUGCGGCUGGUCGGGACUCGGCGCAACACACCCUACAGGUGUGUGA